AUGUGGCGGAUGUUCAAUUGGUCCACCACGCAGCCAGAUAAGACUACACCAAGAGGUCUACCCUCGUCGUGGUAUCGCUCUGAAGCAAUGUACCAGCUGGAAAGGCGCGCCAUAUUCUCCAAGAGAUGGCUUCUCCUGACCCAUUCCAGCCGAUUCGCUAAGCCAGGCGACUACCUGUCGUUCACUGUUGCCAACCUGUCAUUCUUUCUCGUCCAAGAUCGCGAAGGGAAGAUCAAUGGAUUCCAUAAUAUAUGUCGACAUCGCGCAUUCCCCGUUGUCCAGGCUCGCUCUGGGUCGAGCUCUAUCCUAAGCUGUAAAUACCAUGGCUGGUCGUACGGCUUGAAGGGGAACCUUGCGAAAGCGCCCCGCUUUGACGCAGUUCCGGAAUUCGACAAGAGCCAACAAGGGCUCCUCCCUAUCCAUGUCCAUAUCGAUAAGGCCGGAUUUGUCUGGGUCAACCUGCAGGCAGGCGAGCCUGACGUGAAAUGGGAAGACGAGUACAAACGAAUCGACGAGCAGCCCCGAAUGCAGGAGUUCGAUUUUGCCGGCGAAUAUACCUUCGACCAUUACUGGGAGAUGGAUGUGGAGGCGAACUGGAAAGGGCUCAUCGAGAAUUAUAACGAAUGCUACCACUGCGCAACGUCUCAUCCGCUGAUCAGUGGGGUGUCGGAUCUACCGCGGUAUCGAGUCGAGCCCAAUGCGGGAUACAUGGAGCAUCAUAUUUUUAAUAAGGAGCAGGUUGAUAGCCAAUUUCGGCGGGCUAUUACAUACUUCUUUCCUACGACUUCUAUUACAGUAACCGACAAGUUCUUCUAUAUCCAGCGUAUGAUCCCGUUGACUGCUACCACGAGUAAAGUUGAAAAUGAAGUAUACCGGCAUAGAGAUGCUACCGAUGAGGAAUUUGAAAAUAUCAAUGCUUUCUACCGCCAGGUCCUGGAUGAAGAUAGGGAGCUUUGUGUUGGGACGCAGGAGAAUUUGAAUGGGGGUGUGUUCACGAAUGGAGAGUUGCAUCCGAGCAAGGAAAAGGGCCCAAUCUAUUUCCAAAGUAGGGUCCGGGAAAUGGUUAUGGAGCAUCGGACGAAAGAAGAGCAGCAGGGGGGGCCUGGAAAUCUGGCCAGCUGCGCCGAGGCUGCCUCAUAG